AUGAGGAUUUACGUGCGAGCUGCGCUAGUUUUCAGAGAGAAAGAGAGUGUAGACAUUGAGAGGUUUUCAGACUCGUUGAAGCUGAAGAAGAGUGGAUCUUUUUAUGAUUAUCUUGUUCUUAGACCUGAUAACUUCCCUAAAGAACUUCUUGGAGAUACUCGAAGGGAACAGCAUGUGAAGAGAGCAAUAUCGAAUCAAGAAGCAGAUCUUCAGAAAUUGGAUGACUUUGAGAAGCUUGAAGCAAAGUCUACUAAGAUAAUGAAUGAAGACUUUAAUGAUGACUAUAACUUGGCUGAUGAUGGUAUGAUACCAUAA